GGAGGAGGGGUCGCUGCGGCGCGGCAGUCCGCGCAGCUCCCGGGUCGGGGUCUGCUCCCGGCGCCUCGGUCGCCCGCGGGGCCCCGCUCCCCGCCCCCCGCGGCAUGUCUUGAUCUCGAGCAGCGGGUUUCAUGGGGCUCCUCAGGAUUAUGAUGCCGCCCAAGUUGCAGCUGCUGGCGGUGGUGGCCUUCGCCGUGGCCAUGCUCUUCUUGGAGAACCAGAUCCAGAAGCUGGAGGAGUCCCGGGCGAAGCUAGAAAGGGCAAUUGCAAGACAUGAAGUCCGGGAAAUUGAACAGCGCCAUACAAUGGAUGGCCCUCGGCAGGAUUUGACACUAGAUGAAGAAGAUGAUAUAGUCAUCAUUUAUAACAGAGUUCCCAAAACUGCAAGCACCUCGUUUACCAAUAUCGCCUAUGACUUGUGUGCAAAGAAUAGAUACCAUGUUCUUCACAUCAACACUACCAAAAAUAACCCAGUAAUGUCACUGCAAGAUCAGGUACGCUUUGUAAAGAAUAUAACCACCUGGAACGAGAUGAAACCAGGGUUUUAUCAUGGACACAUUUCUUAUCUGGAUUUUGCAAAAUUCGGUGUGAAGAAGAAGCCAAUUUAUAUUAAUGUCAUCAGGGACCCUAUCGAGAGGCUGGUUUCCUACUAUUACUUUCUGAGGUUUGGAGAUGAUUACAGACCAGGGUUAAGGAGACGGAAACAAGGAGACAAAAAGACCUUCGAUGAAUGUGUGGCCGAGGGCGGCUCAGACUGCGCUCCUGAAAAACUCUGGCUUCAGAUCCCAUUCUUCUGUGGCCACAGCUCAGAAUGCUGGAAUGUGGGAAGCAGAUGGGCUAUGGAUCAAGCUAAGUAUAACCUAAUUAACGAGUACUUCUUGGUGGGAGUUACUGAAGAGCUGGAAGACUUCAUUAUGUUACUGGAGGCAGCUUUGCCCCGGUUUUUCCGGGGUGCUACGGACCUCUACCGUACAGUAGGAAAGAAAUCCCACCUUAGGAAAACCACGGAGAAGAAACUGCCCACCAAGCAAACCAUCGCGAAGCUACAGCAGUCUGACAUUUGGAAAAUGGAAAAUGAGUUCUACGAGUUUGCACUGGAGCAGUUUCAGUUCAUCAGGGCCCACGCCGUCCGUGAGAAAGAUGGAGACCUCUACAUCCUCACACAGAACUUUUUCUAUGAAAAGAUUUACCCCAAGUCGAACUGAGUACAAGUGUGACCACGGCGGUCCGGCGGUCCUGCGGUCCU